CAGUAAGGGGCGGGCUACACCCAUUUUUCCAAACAAUUGCCAUUCUAAUAUGCGAUCCUCUGCACAAAAUUUCAUUUUAAUAGCUUCAUUUAUGGCUUAGUUAUAGCACUUUAUAGCUUUUCAGUUAUCGUAAUUUUGUGGGCGUGGCAAUGUCCGGAUUUCGAUCAUCUGCAAUAUCAACACUCUCAUGGUGCCACGGAAUAAGUGCAACAACUUUUACAAGUUAUUUAAAGUUUUACUUAAGUUAUUGCUUGCACAGAGGGACAGACGGACGGACGGGCAGACAAAACUAUAAUACUCUCUUAGUAAAAUGUUGCGAGCGUAUAAAAAUAUAUAUGAAAACCAAUUAUUUUCUAAGCCACAACAAAUAAUGUGGACAUUCUUAGUUCAUAUUAACUAUGCUUGGGCUAUUGAGAGUGCUGCAUAAUAACCUUAAAGCAUUUGCGGUUUUAAUAAAUGUUUGUGUCAGUAUGUGAAGUGAGUGGUUUUAGAUAUAGAACAUAUUUCAUAUUUACGAUGAUAAACUUUUCGUUAUUUGUCCGAAAUAUUUUGCUUUAGUAGCUUGUUAUAAUUUGUGGUGAGUGCUAAACGACGGGAAAAUAUUUUUAUUGAACUUAUUAUAUACUAGAUACGUAUCUACACAUAUACAAAAUGCCUUCCCGGAAACCACUCGCGCGGAUUCUCCUGUACGUACUGUUAACGGUAAAUGAGAUGAGCUACAGCGCGAUAGCUACGCGUAUCAUAAAACAGGCUGAAUGUAAUUUUUAUGAAAAUAAAACACAUUGUGAAUUAUACUCUGACACUGGCAAUCAUACCUUGAAUACAAUUUGUGAAGAAGAACCGAAGGAUCUUAAUUCGCUGUUGAGACAAUUACCUGAAAUGCAUAUGCGAAAUGAUAAGACACAGUUCUCUAUGACAAACUGCUCUCGACUGCCCGAUGUGUUGAGUCGUCCAAAUAUUGUUUACGAAGCAACGUUGGACUUCCGAAAACCGAUACCGCAAUCGUUCUUCGCGCGUUCCAAUGACAUUCAGACACUAUCGCUAUUCUACCAAGAUUCCAUAUUACCCACGAAACUGUUCGUAACACUCAAUGAAAUACGUUUCCUAACUGUAUGUAGGUUGUUGGUCGAUGAGUAUAACGCAAUUGUGUCAGUCGAUACCUUCGUCGGGCUCUACAAUUUGGAGACACUGGUGUUCCGUACCAACACGAAGAAUCUUAUGAAGGCGCAUUUUUGUGAUUUAAGAAAACUGAAACACCUAGAUUUGUCUUUGAAUGCAAUGCAAUCGAUCGAGCCGCAACUAUUCUCAAUGCUAACGCAACUGAGUUACUUGAGCUUGCAGCAGAAUGAAUUACACGAACUACCGCCGCAAAUGUUGUCAGCGCAGCAUAACUUACUAAUACUAGACCUCAGCGAUAAUCGCUUAGAGCAUCUACCGGCGGGCUUAUUCAGGCACACACCUCUACUGUGGGAUCUUCGCCUUGCAAAUAACCUUUUCAGCACACCGACAAGCAUCAUUGAGAAUAUUAGCGGAUUGCGUUACUUAUACAAUCUGUACUUAUCCGGGAAUAAACUCACCACGCUACAGGGCAAUGACAGCGUAGCGCAUUCAACAUUAUUCAGUAGCUUUUCAACACGCGUGGGUAGAGAAAAGCUGUUGUCGCUGCAAGCAAAUUUGAGUUUUAUUUCUGAAAAAUUUCCCGAAAUAGUAUAUGAUAAAUCACUGAAUUUAGUAAAAAAUUGGUUGUCGUCUAACCGCUUCACAUAUUUCGAUAUGGCGUGGUUGCAGGAAGCACGGUUAGGAUGCAACUUUGUAAUUGGUCUGUCUUACAAUGUCAUUAAACAUAUAAAUAUCACAACAGCAAUAUUCAAUACAACGAAGAAUUGCGGAACAACAAUACUACUAAAAAACAAUCCACUUGAGUGCGAUUGCAAAUUGACUUGGUUGGCGAAUAACAACUAUCUGAAAAAUCCAUUUAAUUUGCAAUGCAUCGUAACAUCGUUUGAGAAUUCCGCAGUCACACAAAUACAGCGCAGUGAGACCUGCGAUUGGCUGCCAGCUUUAUGUCCUGCUGGGUGUAUUUGUCGCUUAGACGCCGAGGCGCUGCUUACAAAUUGCGAGGGAGCUGCGCUGACUGAGCUCCCACACUUGCCACGACCGGAGCCAUUUUCACGAAAGCUUUCAAUGCUCUCACUCAGUGAUAAUAAUUUUCAGCAACUGCCGUCGAAUGCCACGAUCGGUUAUGCGAAUGUGACGCAUCUCAAUGCCUCGCACAAUCAGCUCCUCACACUACGACCAACGGAACUGCCAGCCAAACUGGUGGUGCUGGAUGUUCGUCAUAAUCGCUUGGAGUAUUUGAGUGCGGAGUUUUUCUCAGCAUACCUCAAGGAGAGUGAGACACUGCAGCAAUUAUAUCUCGCUGAUAACCCGUGGAAAUGCGACUGCAGCGCUGAGUUACUGUUAUAUGCUGUACGCACGCAGCGUAAACGUAUUGCGGAUGUUGAUAAGAUGGUUUGCGACAAUCGACCAAGUGUGCGACUACUUAAUGCUAAUUUUGAGGAUUUCUGCAGUAGGAAGCUAGUGAACUCAACGGAAAUUUUUACCAUCGCCGCCAUAAUUAUUGGAAUGCUAUUAAUUAUAGUGCUCUACUACAAGUAUCAAUUGCCUGUUCAUGUCUGGUUGUAUAGCCACGACCUAUUGGGUUGUUAUGUCAAGGAAUAUGAAUUGGAUAAGGAAAAGACUUUCGAUGCAUUCAUCUCGUAUGCGCAUCAGGAUGCAAAUUACGUCAAUCAGACACUGCUGCCACAACUGGAGCAAGGUGAGCCGCCAUUUCGAAUUUGUACACACGAACGUAACUGGCUUGCUGGCGCUUAUAUACCCGAACAAAUUGAUGAAUCGAUCGCGCAAUCGUGUCGCACGAUCAUUAUACUCUCACAGCAUUUCAUCGAAUCCAACUGGGCACGCAUGGAGUUUCGCACAGCGCAUCAGUGUGCGCUGAAUGAGGGACGCGCGCGUAUAAUUAUAAUAAAAUAUGGUGAAAUUACGGUGCCGGAGCGGGUGGAUAAAGAAUUGCAGGCAUAUUUGGAUAUGAACACCUAUUUGGAGUGGUCCGAUACGAGAUUUUGGCAGAAAUUGCGUUAUGCCAUGCCACAUAAAAGGGACGAGGUCAGAAAAGCAGGUAUGCUCGAGGUGAGCCGGAGAGUUUAUGUGACUGGACAGGAGGAGUUGAGUUGCGAAUAAGUGGUAAGAAUAUAAGAAAUGCAAUAACAGUUUGCUUUUGAAAAUUUUGAUUACGACCAGUCGAUCGACGAAAACUUCGGAAAACUGGGUUUACGUUUGAGACAUAACCUGGGAAUUAUUUUAACGAUUGCCGCCUUUCUACAGCGAAGACCAUAGCCGGCAAUA